UUCUUCUAAAUCGACAAACUGUUGGGGUCCGGUUUGUCCCUCGCCGCACGCCGUACCUACAUGUGGAAAUCCACCUGUGAGCUGAAAGCUGGAUAGAGAAUGAGGUGUGAGACGCUGAUAUGAUGGAGAGUUUGAAGAUGCAGUUAGAUUUCUCCAGCCCUAUCAUACAAGCCCAGGGUGUGAGAAGCCUAGUUGCUGCUGUGCUAAAGGAAAAAGGAUCAAAUGGACCAAUCAUGCAGUCCUCCACCCAGGGCCCAGCGUUGGAGGCUCUGUGGCAGCAAUGCUGCAGCGACUGUGCACUUGUGCGUUCAGCCUGCUGCGAUGCCGUGGUGUUGUUGGUGGAUCAGGGCCAUGCAGACCUGCAGUACAUCCUUAGCAAUGUCCUCAUUCUCCUGCCUUCUGCAAGAAAUACUCAGGGACUAAUCCGAAUCAUGGGACAAAUGUUGAAGAUGCAGGCUGACCAAGAACAUGGGAAAACACCUUUCACCUGUCCGUAUUCUGUCAGGAGCAAUCCUCACCCAUUCAUCAAAGUCCUGGAGAACAGAGUGGACUGCUGGCCAGCUCUGCAGUUGGAGAUUGAUGACUUAAUCUGUCAGGCUGUUAACAGAAACCAAAGUAGCUACAUCACCUUGCUGGUUCCCUUCCUUCGGUACCUGUACUGCGAGCCUCAGAGGCAGCCUCAGCACGCCCCUCUCCGUCAGAGUCUCCUCAGGGUGCUGCUACCCACAACGCCUCGGGCUGGAGCAGUGCCAGCCUCGCCAGCGUCUGACAGUCUGCUGCUCUGUCUGUGUCAGCUGGUUCCUCACAUGCAGCUGGACUGUGUGGAGGCGGUUCUGGAGCUCUGUGGGUUUGUCAGCGCUUUGCUUCCGACUCUUAUUGAGGCUCCUGGAGAGUUCUGGGUAAAAGAGAGAGCUGGACUAGUUCUGCUGCUGCUCUGUGCGUGUGAGCAAUGCCUGAAACUAAACGGAGACUGCAGAUCGCUCCUCCUGCUAAUACAACAGCUCUCGCCUGCCUGCAAACAGGAUCUGCCAGUGGAUGAGCUGAUGAUGGGCAUAGCCCUGCUCCUGCUUGAGGCCCCUGCAGCACAGCAGAGCUGCUUGCUUAGUCUUGCGCUGGAGUUGGCCCCUGAGCAGACAGAGCUGUUGCCCUGGCUCAGUCCGGUUCUGGUUCUUCCGGUGCUGCAGCUUCUCUGCUUUUCCAGCCUCACCGAGCCACUGGCUGAGCCAACAACACACAACUUGAACACCAAUCUCGGCCGCAGCUUGUUACGCAGCAUCAGCAAACCAACAGCUGAAGCUCCACAGCCUGGCCCUGUGGCGGUGCUUCCUCUCAGCCCCUGGUACAGCCAGCUCCGCGCAGCUUUGUCCGUGCUUGGCAAGGUCGCCCACAGUCCAGCUGCAGCUGUUGAUUGGCUGCUGACGGUCAACUCGACCCUGACCUCCAACCAGCGCUUGUCGUCCUCCCUCACUCUCAUGGUGGCCUACCUGAUCAUCACUGGCGAGGCUGAUGUUUGCCACCUGGCUCUGAGAGCAAGUCAAGCCAUUGCUGCGGCCGACCCCUGCCAGGCUCCCUCCAUUCUUUCCGUUGUGCUCUUCAAGAUGUCAAAGGAGAAAAGUCCAGGUCUCAUUCACGCCUGUCUCAACUGCCUGCCACACCUUGGGACUCAUAAGCUCUGUGUCCCCAUGGUGCUGCAGACUCUACACACACUGGCCUCUGAUUCCAAACUCAGAGCGGUGUCGAUGCGCCUAAUGACAGCUCUGUGGAAAAAACAGGACCGGGUUUAUCCAGAGCUGCAGUGUCUGCUCAGCCUGAAGGAGCCCAGGGAGCUGGUGGGGCAGGACACUCAGUGGGAGCAGAUCCUGGCCAGAGCUGCCUGCCUCAGGGACGUCUGUAGAGAGAGGCCGUACCAGCACGGGGGGGACAUGCUAGCUGCCCUUUCUUUCACUCUGAAGCAGAGCAGCCGACCAGACCUGGUGACCCCAGCUGCUCUGGCCCUGCAGGCCCUCCAGGAGCUGUGCAGAGCAGAGGUUGUGGACAUCAUUUCCACCUGGAAGAGUCUUGGUCCUGAGCUGAGCUGUGACACCCGUCCACUGAUGAUUAAAGCCAUAGCCGAGCUUCUGUCGCUGGUUCCCCAGCUCGCCGUGAAGUCAGAGGACUAUGAGAUAAUGAAAACGGAGGUGGUGGGAUUUCUCUGGAGUUAUGCUUUAAACAAGGAUCCAGGUGUGGCCAGUUGUGGCUACAAGGCUUUGGCAGCUUUUCCUGAAGCAGCUCACACAAUCCUUCACCUACCUGAGACAGUCAGACCGGCACUGAAGAUGUCUGAAGCGGCAGAAGGUAACGAUGGAGCAGAUCAGAACAACGAGGAUGAGGAGAAAGACUACUCAGUUCCUGGGUCUUCUUACCUGAAGCUGAUGGCUCUCACCUCCAGCGCUGUCCUACCAACCUUUGAGCUCUUCCUGACAUCACUGGUUAAACAGGAGAUGAGGCAAAUGCCUCGAGGAGUGUACUUCUCUGCUCUGAGUGGAGUGGGAUUACGUUCAGACCAGGGGAAAACUGUAGCAGCGAUCCCGUCGUUCAUGCUGAAGACUUAUGAGAAGAACAAGCAGCCUGGGCUGAAGCCUGGGUUAGCAGCUGGACUGCUGCUCUGUUAUGAGAUUCCUGUGCAGACAGACCGCAGCGGAAGGCCGAUUGAUCGCUUCCUGUCCAGCAGAAGUCGCAACUACCAGCAGACUCUGACAGCUCUCAUUCAUGAGGUAAACAUUCAGCCGUCUGAGUGGCACCGGGCUCUUCUUCUGCCCCAGGCAUGGAGAGCGUUUGUCAGCCGAGCUUUCCACGCAGCCCUGCAGGGUCGACGGGCUGAUCUGAAAAUGCAACAGAAGCAAGACAAAGGAAAUCAUCAAGAGCUGCAGUACCAACAGCACUGCGCCUGGCUGUGGGCUCGAGAUCAGCUGGCAGAUGUCAUCAAGGCUGCUACAAAGGACAGUCCGGUUGUUCAGGGAAACUCCAUCCUCGCUCUGAGUGCCCUGGCUGCUGUCCUGGCUCAGUACGAAAGUAACCUGCCCUCCGACAGCAACGGCAGCCUCGGGGCCGGACCAGAGUUCGUGCCCACUGCUAGCUGGUUGUCCAUGGUGCUGGACACCCUGCUCAGCAUCAUCAGUAGCAGCUACAAGGCCGGUGGACAAGUGUUCCCCUGGUUCCUGCAUCGCUCCUACUCAGGUGAGAACACAGCGAGCGCCAUCGCUCGGUCCUGUGCCAGCUUGGCCUUGUCCCUGCUUGUUCCUGUGCUGGUGGUGUGGAAAAAGGAUGGUCUGGUCCAAGUUCUCUCAGCUCUGCAGGCCUGCCUGCCAGGCUCACCGGCCGCUGAUGACUCCCAGGCUGUCCAGUUCCAUUCAGGUCUUGCUCUUGGCCUGGUUCUGUCCAGUCUGCAGCACCAACGCCUCAGUGAUGUUUCUGCUCAGAAGGACAUGGAUCUGCUCUUCAGUUCUCUACAAGUUCUGGAAAGUUGUUCCUUUAACCCCAACUUGGAGUACAACACCGGCUGCGUGUUGGGCCUGGGUCUCGUUCUCUCAGCCCUUUGUGGUAGUGGACAUGUUGGUCAUCGUGUCCACAUCACGCAAAACCUUGACAAACUCCUGGCCAACCUGCAGGACAGCAGCGGCCAAAACCGGAUGCUGCAGGAGGUGUUGUCGUACUCUGUGGCGUGUGUGAGUGUCUCUGCCUUCAGUGGAGGUCUUAUUGAUGCUGCUAAGGCUGAGGAGGUGAUGAGUACUCUGCGCACACUGACUGAGGAGAGCCAGCAGACCCCUGGCUUCUCUCUGGCUCUGGGGUUGGUGGUUCACGGCCUGUCGGUGUCCGGCCACGGUAAAGCUGAAGACAUCCACCCUCGUCUGCUGGCUGCUUGGAUCAAGAUCCUACUGGCAGAGGGCUGUCCCACUAUGCAGCGACUGGCUGCUGCCAGCGGCCUGGUGGCUUUGGUGGGAUCCGAGAAUCACCUCAUCCAGAUGAAGCUGGAGAUGGAGCUCUCCUCCCAGCAGCAGAGCAGACUGAAUGAGGUCAUUCGUGCCAUCACACAGAUCAUAACCUUCUCAGCAGCCAUUGGUCUGCAGUCCAACUGUGCCUGUCUGAUUGGUCAUCUGUAUCUGGCUCAUGUGUCUACCAGUCACAGUCACACAGCAGUUCCUCAAGAUUUCAGUUACCUCUCAGAGAAAAGUGUCAUCAGAUCCAUAAUUGACUUCAUCACAGAAUCUGGGAAAAAAGGUCCAGAGUUCUCCCGUCCAGUUCUGGUUGAGACGGCUCUGACCUCGCUGGCUUCGGUAGGACUCAGCUUCCAGUAUCCUCCGGUUAACUGGAGCGCUGUCCUGUCUCCUCUAAUGAGAUUAAGCUUUGGAGGGGUUGUUCAGCAUCAGUGUAUGGUUCUGGCGGCGUCUCAAGCUCAUUCCUCACAAAGUGCCUCUCUCUUCCUCGGCUCCUGGCUGUCACCCCCCCUCGUGCACAGUCUCAGUCUCCAGACUCAAGCCCACCUGUAUGAGACCCUGGGUCUGUGGAUGAAGCACGUGGCUGAGGACAAGCUCCAGUUUUACGUGGAGAGUUUUGGUCUGCAGCAGUUCCAGGAUGACCUUCGACCCCAGCGACUGUCUUUGUGCCACUCUCUGCUGAAGGGCCUCACUCAGGCCAUGGCCCUCCCUAACCCCCGCAACCACUGCUGGACCAUACUUUGCUCCACCACGGAGAAGGUCUUCAAAGUGCUACCCAACCACAUCCAGGAUGCCGAGGUGGAGUUGUAUGUGGGCGUCGCCAAGUGUCUGUCUGAGAUGUCAGACACGGAGAUCGACAGGAUCGCUCACGUUUCUGCGUCUGAGAUGGAAAAGACCUGCUUCACGCUGGCGUACCUGACUUCUCAGGGCAGAGUUCCCCUCCUCAGUCUCAAUGAUGUCAUAGCCGGGGUGCUACAGGGUUGGCCGAGCCACAGAGUGGGCUGGCUCCUCCUGCAGUGCUUUUACCAGUGCCGCCUGGCUGCCGGUUCCCACACAGGCGUUUCAAACAGAAUGGAGUGGCUGUUGGAGCUGAUGGGACACAUUCGAAAUGUUGCUUAUGGUGCAACUCCUGUCGCCUGUGGAGAUCCUAAAAUGGCCACAGACUUCCUGUUCCAACUUUUUUCAGCAGCAGUUGUUUCCUGGGGGGACCACUUUAUGCCCCUCCUUUAUGGCGUCAGGGCUCAAUGGUUCCCGUGGCGAGCGGAGUCUAGAUCCCCCAGGCUCAAACACCAGCUGUAUGGUGAGGAUUCCCUGACAGCUGGAAUCCUGCAGCAAAGCCUGAUGGGAAUGUCCCACAGUCUGCCUCUGCUGCUGCACAAAGAGCCAUGGUGCAACCAGACUCACAAGUUUUUGGACUGGCUCCUCAGCAUAUCAGAAGGACCUGAACAGAAUCUGUCGGCCACGACCAUCGACACGGCCAAAGCUGCUCUGAUGAGUCUGAAGUCUUCUGCUGAGUUCAAGAAGAAAGCUGUCUGGACCAGAGUUUAUGGCUGGUGACAUCAUGACAUCACCGUGGCAACGCCCCUCCCACAGUAUCACAAUUCCUACGUGGGAGACCCGGCUCCAGGAGCAACUUGACUGCUUUGUUUUGCUACCUUUUUAUUUACCUCUAAUAUUGUCUGAAAUGUUUUAUGGAUCACUCUUGCUGAGAACAUCCAGCCUGACUCAUGACACACUCUGGAUUGUCCUGGCAGGAUUUCCCUAGAAGACUUGAGCUGAGAUGAUCAUUUCCUCUUGCUUUUGCUCCAUUUCUCCAGAUGUUGUUGUCUCUCCUUCAGCAGCUGCCAGACUGUUACAGUGGCUCCUAGACAGAGAGCAGAGUUGCACAAACUUAAUAAAAACAAAACCACGUUGA